ACUACGUGGUAGACAAGUAGAACCUUAAUGCAUGGCAGGUUUUCCACCGCAUUUUCUUCCUUCCGUCUUUGGGCAAGUCGCAUGGGCUUCUUUCCAAGCCCAACACCAUGAAUGAAACCAGCCCCAGUUAUACACUCCCCCUCCGCAAUAAACAAACAACCGCCCAUAAAGUAAACUAAUAAAUCAGUACAGAAAGAUGUAUCCUUUACUUGGGAAAUCGAAUUUUCUCUUUACUAACUUCAAUGCUAAAGGCAGCGGAAUGGAUGGGCAUCGAGCUCUUUUGUUGAUUCCUUUUCCUUUGGUCUCUUAAAUUUUGAUGAGCAAUCAGAUGCCAUCUCGUGCAUAAGCCGCUUCCCAGUUCUUCUUCCAGAUUUCUUUUCAGGGCAACUGAACUGUGUAACUUCAGUAGAAGGUAGUGGAAGAUACUGUCAUUGGAGUCAUGGGUAGUCCAAAGAGGAGAGUUGCAUUUGUGCUGAUUGAUGGAAUAGGUGACGUUUCAUUGCCAAGGUUGGGUUACAAGACUCCUCUGGAAGCAGCCUGUGUUCCCAACCUGGAUGCUAUUGCAUCGGCUGGAAUAAAUGGUCUGAUGGACCCUGUUGAAGUCGGUCUUGGUUGCGGGAGUGACACUGCACACCUUUCUUUACUGGGUUAUGAUCCUCGAGUGUACUACAGGGGUAGAGGCGCAUUCGAGUCUAUGGGUGCUGGAUUGGCGAUGUCACCUGGUGAUAUUGCGUUUAAGUCAAACUUUGCAACAUUGGAUGAGAAAACUGGAAUAGUUACCAGUAGAAGAGCUGACAGGCAUUUUGAAGAAGAAGGCCCGAUCCUAUGUGAAGCAUUGGAUGGCAUGAAGUUGCCAUCUUUCCCCGAGUAUGAGGUUAGGGUUAGGUAUGCCACAGAACAUAGAUGUGGAGUUGUUGUCAAAGGGCCAAAGUUGAGUGGAAACAUAUCCGGAACUGACCCACUUAAGGACAACCGUCCCCUUCUGAAGGCUGAAGCUUUAGACGAUACUGAUGAGGCGAAACAUACAGCUGCUGUUGUUAAUGAAUUAUCUAGGGAGAUCUCGAAAAUCUUAGUUUCUCACCCACUGAAUUCCAAAAGAGCUGCAGAAGGGAAGAACAUCGCCAACCUUGUCCUUUUACGAGGAUGUGGUAUCCGAAUUCAGGUUCCUUCAUUUGAAAAGAAGCAUGGAUUAUGGCCGUGCAUGGUGGCUCCAACUAAAAUUAUAGCUGGCUUGGGCAUGUCAUUGGAUAUUGAUAUUCUGGAAGCUCCUGGGGCAACAGGAGACUAUAGAACACUGUUGACUUCGAAAGCAACUGCUAUAGCCAAGGCACUUAGUGCUCCUUCUAGUUCAACUCCCAAUGUAUUUGUACCAGGAGAGGAUGAACACAAACCAGGGCGAUCAGAUGGGUACGAUUUCGGGUUUCUCCACGUUAAGGGCAAUAGAUGAUGCAGGACAUGAUAAAGCGAGCAUUUUCAAAGUGAAGGGAUUGGAAGCUGUGGAUAAAGCAAUAGGGCAGCUGGCCAAGCUCCUCUGGCAAGCAGAAUGCACUGGAGACUUUCAAUAUUACCUUUGUGUCACGGGAGAUCACUCAACCCCAGUUGAAUACGGUGAUCAUAGCUUUGAACCAGUUCCAUUUGCAAUCUGCAAGUUGAAAGACUUUGUGGGUGCUAGGGGCGGGGAAUCCGUGGUUUUGGAAACGUCUCUCGACUCAUUUCCUCUUCCAAUCGUCAAAGAUCACGGUGAAGAGUAUAGUAAGGACUUGCACAACGAGAGAUCUGGAGAACAACAGCUCAAGGCUUUUCAAGGUGAUUCUGUUUGCGAAUACAGUGAGAUAGCAGCAGCAAGGGGGUGUCUUGGUCGAUUUCCAGGUGGAGAAAUGAUGGGCAUCAUUAAGUCAUUUCUUACACUAAACUCAUAAGUUAGCCCUUGGGGAGGAUUUCAGAAGCUGAACAUCUUCUCCGACGGAUUUAUCUGAAGAGAUAGCAAAGCCGAAACCAUUUGACAUGAUCAAUGUACAUAGAAAGUUUUGGGCCCUUCAUGGUGACUUUUCGAACAAUUUCGCUGUUUCCAUCUCAUUUCGCAAGUAAUUUUCGUUCAAACUGGAAUCCGUCGAAGCUGAAUUGUACUACUGUUGAAUGUCUAUGACCAUGCUCCUGGACUGAAUAAAAGGGAAAAUAACACUCGAACAAGCAAAUUCCGACAUGCUUAUUGCUAUUCAGAUAAUUUGUUUGGGUUUCUAGCUGUUUUCUCAGAGGCCUGUAUUAGACAAAACUUGGAUGCACCAAGAGAUCAAUCUUAAGAGGUCGAUUUAGUACUUGGUAGAAGUUACGGUUGUUGCUUUCAUGCCGCAACUUUAGGUAUUUUAGCCAGUGAUGCUUGUAUUCUCUCCUCGUCAAACGACAGAUCAGCCAUACUUCCUUUCAAGUACUUCUCAUAUGCUGUCAGAUCAAAAUGGCCAUGUCCACACAUUGCCAUGAGAAUGACCUUUGCUUCUCCAGACUCCUUACAACGGAGAGCUUCUCUAAUGGUGGCUGCGAU